ACGGAGCGAAGUCGAGCUUUCGCCGGGCCGAGUGACGCGAUCCACGGCGAAAAGGAGGGAAGCCAGAGGUGUGUGCGCGUGGUCGGCGCUCGAUCCUCGGCCGGCUCGCUUCGCGCGGGGCCACUUUGGUGGCCACUAACGGUCGGCCGCGCGCUACGGACCACCACUGCGACCUCCCGCUGCCUCUCGCUUUCGGAGCGCAAGGAUGAUCGGACCGACGAGAGCACCGAGACUGUCGGAACGUGCCACGGGUAAGGCGCCGGACGAGUUCGACCGGCUGACCGGCGACGGCUUGAGGCUGAAGAAGAGCCUCAACAAGGACAGCCUGUGGAUCAAGGGCGACGGCUGUCGCAUAACCUUGGCGACCAACAGCGGCAGACUGCGCGUCAGCGGCGACGGCUGCCGCGUGUACAUCGGCUGCAACCUCGGCAGCGUGGAGUACAACGGCGACGGCGGCCACAUCAUACUCGGGCCCGAGUCGACGCAGGACUGCAGCGAUCGAGUGGUUUACAAAGGCGACGGCGGCCUGAUCGACUUCGCCGGCAAGAGGAAGCGCGUGGCCAAGAGCAGCCAAGCCAAGGAGACGGCGGCCGCGGCCCACGCGAGCAGCCGAGGCGACAUGCGCACCAAGAUCGUCGGAUCGAGCAACGUGCAUAUCCACUUGGACCUGUGCGUGCGCGACAAGUAGCGCGCCCGAUGGACGUAUAGCCAAACGAACGAACAGAGGCAAAAAGUGAGAACAACGCCGUGCGCCGUGCGCCGUGCGCCGUUGGCUGUUCGACGCAGCGAACUCGGAAAAGCGCGUUGCCGGACAUUGGUACUCGACGAGGCUGUGAAUUGUCGAUCGAACUGGAUCGUCAGAACGUGCGAGCAGCAGUGACGAUCACCUG